GGCAGUUGAAAGAUGCUGCUUCUGGGAGCACCAGGCCUUUUCCUUAUCGACACGCAGAAUCCCAUCAUUCGUAUUGGCACAGACACAUCCCGGAUAUGGAUACUCGUCGCAUGCUCUUUGCUCUCCCUCAGCAUGUCUUGCAGCUUCUCGAAGAGCUAGGCGGGAGCCAUCUCUCUCGGGCCAGGGCUGAUGCCGACCUGCGCGAUCUGGGAUGACGGCAAUUCGCCCGGAUGAUGGUUGAUGCGGGGAGGAGAGCUUCAGGGCCCCUCUACCAAGCAGGAGAUACAAAUAUUGACGAGUGCACAUCUCCACGGAUCUCUUUGGAUUGGCUAUUUAUAUUCGGUGUCAUUUGCAUCCAUCAUGUCUCUACCUCUACGUCCUCUGCAACGUCUAACCUCCACAGCAUUCAGGUCAAAGCCUCGUCCUGCGUUGUGCUACGUCAGACCGACCUCGUUGCAAUUUACCCGACCAGCAUCCAACAUGUCUCUCGCAACUCUGGAUGUAUCUCAACAUCCCAACCUCCCCAAAUCCUCUGUAACCUUGUUCGAGGCGAAGGCGCAAAAGAAGGUGACCUUUGAGGCGAUUGGCAAGGAGAUUGGCCGGGACGAGGUCGCGGUGGCAGCUCUGUUCUACGGACAAGCAAAGCCGUCCCCAGAAGAUAUCCAGAAGCUGUCGGCCUACUUUGGCAUUGACCAUGCCACCCUCGAGGCACAAAUGAGCGGGUUCCCAGACCGUGGAAAGAGCGUGGAGAUGCCUCCCAAGGAACCGCUGAUCUACCGCUUGUACGAGAUUGUGCAAAAUUACGGAUAUGCAUAUAAGGCCGUCCUGAACGAGAAGUUUGGCGACGGUAUCAUGAGCGCAAUUUCUUUCUCCACCCACGUCGAAAAAGAGGUCGACAAGGACGGCAAUACAUGGGCGAAAAUCACCCUCCGAGGAAAAUGGCUGCCAUUUACCCGAUUUUAGAUACCAAACAUACAUCGGCAAGCAUCAUCGACCUGGUACAGCUCAAAUACCGUUGUGGGUGUGGACAAGGUCAUGCCGCGCCCGGCAAUCCACUGUCAGGACUCGUUUGUUCUCCUCCUAUGCCGGAAAUACGUUGGUGGUGGGAACAUUUCAGCAUUCCGAUGCUUUGUGUGGGAGAACAAUACUAAAGGAGAACAAUAUCAAGCCUCGUCCCCUUCUGCUCAGCCUUGCCGCGAGCUCUUUGUUUGCCGCCGACUCUCACCCAUCGGCGACCGAAUGGGGUACGAGAACAUGAUCUCUUUCUAUUUGCUUUCAGCAUGUUGGUCUUUAUGCAAUUCUAGGCAAGGUAUUUAUACCGUACUCCUAUCUGACUGAUUUGCCUCUCCCGCAUACACUUUCAUUCAUAUCCAACUACAAGUCACUCCUUCAGCUUCCCCAAUACACAGACAAGCCCAGCGCUUACCGUCAACCACCGACAAUAUGUCUGCCCAAAUGUACAACUGCGUCGUCCAGUAGACGAGUGCCAUUUCUCUAUGCCUUGCGGACAUAACCCCAAGCUCGAUAUCGACAAAACCUUGGGUCACAUUCUAUUGAAACCCGUCAAGAUGUCUCCUCGAAUUGUACCCAUGCGUCGUUCA